UCCAAUCUGAUUAGAAGAACGGAAAACAUAGCAUAAAGUUGUUUUUAUUUGAUCUGAACAGAUAUGAUCAGAAUCUUUCUCAUCUAAAUUGAUUCUAAUUGGAAUAAGUAAUAAGAAUAAUAUGAAGAGAACAUGCCCUUAUACUCGAGUGUAGAAGUUGUAUUGUUGAAUUAACAAUUGUAAGCAUAGUAUAAAGAGGUAUCCAUGCCACACGAGUCCGUAGAACAAAUGUGACAAUGCCAUGAAUGAAAUAACAAUCAGAUUUGGAAAGAAAUGAUCAACAACCACUACCUUCAUGGCUUCAUCCUACUAGAAUUUGCCAACUUUUAACGUAAAUUACACUACAGGUUGUCAAAUUGCAGCAGGGCAAAGGGAGUACUAAAUAUUACAACAUCAAACCUGCUAUAAUCCCAACUCCAUUGGGGUAUAGGAAAUACUAAAUACAGAGCAAUAAAUAAGUUGUGUUCCUAAUAAGGCUAAUAUAUAACAUUCAAAUAGUAAUGUUAUGGUCAGCUAAUCUAGAGGCUAGGACUGGUAAAGAAUUGAAGGCCUCCUAAAGGCAAGCACGGACACAAAAUAGAAGAAGCUAAAUGAUUUCUUAUUAUAACCUAUGUAUAAUGCAUAUUUUGUAUAGACUAUUGAAUACAUAAUGAUUCAACUAAAUAGCAUACAUUGUUUUGGAAACCAAUGCCAUGUAACUUAAAACUUUGUUGUUUAAUGUGUGCAAGGAAGAAACUCAAUGGUCUCAAAUAACAACUUACCUUUUUGUCAAUGUGAAGCAUCCGAAUAGGACAAGCAUUUGAGUCCUAAUUAGGAUUAACAAUAUAUCACGUGUUCAUGUCAUUUGAGUCCAAACUCUUUGUAUUGAGCUUAAACUGGGCGAGUCUGGUUAAGUAAUACAAUUCACUUCGUCUGGCGACUUGUUUGACAUUAUCAGUGCAAGUUAACCAAGGAGUUAAUCAUCUCAAUUCUAUCAUAAGGGCGGGCAUAAGGGUGUCCUAUGGUAUAUGAGAAGCAGAGAAAGAACUACCUUCAACAAUAUUAUAGGGUAGUGAUACGGACUUAUUUCAUUGUCCUACUGGUUAAAUUGGGGACUUGGUGACGAGUUUAUAUAGCCAAGGGUUCUCCAACCUUAAUAGCUAGCUUUUGGGGUGUGUCUCUCCAUUGUGUUGUAUCAGGUAAAUGUAAUUUACCCUCCUCAAGGUUUGUACAAAGUCCAAACUACCAAUGAGGGCAAUGACACCCUAAUGUUUUGCAUAAGUAACAACCCAACCUCUGGGUGCCUAUUAUAUACUCCCUCCCCGUCCACAAAUAAACUUCUCGUUCACUGUUCAGAGGGUCAAACUUUAUUCACUUUAUUGGCCUAUUUUUGUUACCCAUUUGAUAAAAUAAUAUGGUCAUGUGAACUCUAGUUUUGUAAAUCUUUUGAUAUAGUUUUUUAAUAUGUAAUUUUUAUUUUAAAAUUUCACACCAUUUUUCAUAUAAAAUGAUUUAAAAAUAACUUCAGCCAAACAUCGUAAUUUGAUAACUCUGUCUCGAACUCAAUGUAAUACUCCGUAAUUUGAACAAAUUGAGUACACAUAAUAGUUAAGACAAGCUAGGGUAAAUUUAAAUUCUACCAAAGUACUUCAGACUGUUCGCAUUGAACAGAGACAAGGUGAAUCUAGCUAAAUCUGUUCGUAUUUGUGCAAAGCUUGGGGUCAUGGUAAUCCCAAAGCGUCGUGGUUAUACUUAGAUUUAUUCCAAUUGGAUUAUGCAAGUGAGGCCAAACUACAUUUUAACCUAGGUUAAUCUAGAAGCUCUUGCAAUGAAGAUCUUGAAUCCAAGCUGCGGAACUGUACAGGCUUUUCAGAUGUAAUCUAUAGAAAGUGGGGCUAAACAUGAAGAAAUCACUUACCUGAAAAUCAGACUUGCGAGACCUCUAGCUUCUCCGACAUGUGAAGUCCACCGGAAAGUUCCAAAUCUGCUUCUUAUUCAAGCUGUCCAGUUCAGUAAGGGCAAUUGAAUGCGAGAUGCGGAUGGGGAAUUGAUGGAUACCGUGGAGGAUAUCAAGUUCACCCAGCUCUUCAUCAAUGGCCGAUUCGUCGACGCCCUCUCCGGCAGGACCUUCGAGACAAUUGACCCGAGGACCGGUGAAGCCUUCGCAAGGGUCGCCGAGGGAGACAAGGACGACGUCGACUUGGCCGUCAAGGCUGCCCGUCACGCCUUCGACCACGGCCCCUGGCCCCGCCUCUCCGGAUCAGAGAGGGGAAGAAUAAUGAUGAAGCUGGCGGAGUUGAUCGAAGAGAACGCGGAGGAACUGGCGGCGCUGGACACAAUGGACGCCGGGAAUCUGUACAGCCUGGGGAAGGCGGUGGACGUUCCGGAAGCAGCAGCGACGCUACGGUACUUCGCCGGGGCGGCGGACAAGAUCCACGGGGAGACGCUGAAGACGUCGAGGCCGGUUCAAGCGUACACGCUGCGGGAGCCGAUAGGGGUCGCCGGAAUGAUCAUCCCGUGGAACUUUCCGACCAUACUGUUCUUCGCUAAGGUGAGUCCCGCGUUAGCUGCGGGGUGUACCAUGGUUGUCAAGCCUGCUGAACAAACUCCCCACUCUGCUCUUUACUAUGCUCACCUCGCCCACAAGGCUGGUAUCCCGGCAGGAGUAUUGAACGUAAUUACAGGACUUGGGCCAACGGCUGGAGCAGCCAUUGCUUCUCAUAUGGAUAUUGACAUAGUGAGCUUUACAGGAUCAACAGAAGUUGGGAAGCUGGUGAUGAAGGCGGCGGGAGAGAGCAAUUUAAAACAAGUGAUGUUAGAGCUUGGAGGAAAGAACCCUCUCAUUGUGUUUGAAGAUGCAGACAUUGAUAUGGCUGCAAGUGUUGCCCAAUUUGGAAGUCUUUAUAAUAAGGGUGAAGUUUGUGUUGCGAGCUCUCGCAUUUUUGUUCAAGAAGGGAUUUAUGAUGAGUUUGCAAAGAAAUUAGUUGAGAAGGUGAAAAUGACAAUUGUUGGGGAUCCUUUCCAUCCAUCUACUCACCAAGGCCCCCAGGAUUCUAUGUUGAUUGCAAAGGACGAGAUAUUUGGACCCGUAAUUUCGCUGCUUAAAUUCAAAACGGUGGAGGAGGCCAUUAAGAGAGCAAAUGCUACAAAGUAUGGGCUAGCGGCAGGAAUAGUGACCAACGACUUAAACACUGCCAACACUGUUUCGAGGUCACUUAAAGCUGGGAUUGUUUGGAUAAAUUGUUACAUAGUAAUGGGGCAUGACAUUCCUUUUGGAGGAUACAAGAUGAGUGGCUUUGGGAGAGAUUCUGGGUUAGAUGCUCUUCAUAAAUAUCUCCAUACCAAAACUAUUGUUACUCCUUUGUAUAAUCUCCCUUGGCUCUAAUUAAAUUUAUACUACAUGUAUUGUAAUAACUAAUAAUAUUGGUUUCUAUAGGAUUCAUGUUUUGGCCUUUAGCUCCAUAAUCACUCUAAGCAUUCCAAAAUGAGGGGAUCCAUAGAUCCCACAUUACUUAGAACAGUAAAUAAUGGCUUAUACU